CGAACAAUAUAUAAGUUGAAAACUACCUGGGUAACUUGCAUUAUUCAGGCACCGAUAUAUUACAUACUUUGAAAGGAUAUAGAACCCUGAGGAUCCGCGUUUCAACAUCACAAGCUAACGGUUCGGCAAGACGAACCCAGACUCUGUAAUAGAAUAGACUUCUCAAGAAGAUAUCAGCAGGACCAUGGCGAGGGUAAGCAGAGGAAUUGCCAUCGAGAAGGCCGCAGUGCGUGCCGAACAGAGGAAUGUAGCGCUCCAACAAAAACAGGACGAGUGUCGUAAGAGUCCCAGCUUAGGACGAUCUAUGGAAUCCUCAAAGUCAUCGAAUAGAAGUUACCAGCCAAACUCAUUUCUGUCAGAUUUUGAGGAAAAUUUGCAUAGAACAUGUAGGCAAGAGGCGGACGCCAAACCCCUGAAGAUAGAGAGCUGCCUUGAUAUGGAUCUUGUCAAGAAAGGGUCGUUCUUUUACAUGAGCAAGAACUAUGUGGAGGAGGUUGAUGAUUGGUGCCAGUUCGUCGAAGAACACCAGAAGUCGACGUUUUGAUCCUUAUAACUACCUCAAAUAUGUACAUAGGAGGUAAGUUUGGGGAGCUAUUAUACCGUGGAGGUGUUUUAGCCAGGCGUUAUGGGAGCUAUCAUCGGUUUAGCCACGAC